AUGCAUUACCGCACGUCACUCGUGGUUGGCCACGUAGCAGGGGCAAUGGCACUUCCAAGCUCCCAGUUUAUUAUGGCAGAUCGCGCCGCUCAACAUGCUCCACCAAAUCCAGAACCCAUCAGCCUUUCAACACUUCCCCUUCCACCAGUUGCACCUGGCAAUGUAACCGGGGCUUGCACGAAAGAAGUGAAUCCAAAUGGCACUGGAUGUAUGACUCUAGCGUCAAACGAAGACUUCCAAGCAGGUGGCUUCUUACCCGAUGGAAAGCAUGUCUUGGUUCUCGUCACCUUUACAGGCGCUCCUCCAUCUCCGGACCCCGCCAGCGUUUACAAUGGUAGCCAGAUUAUCGCCGUGAAGACUGACGGCAAGGAAUUCCCCAGUGGCAGUCCCUGGAAGUGUCUCACUUGUGGAUUGGUCAAGGGAAACACAGGAGGAGCGAGCCUAACAUACAACUACCCACAGGCAUUCGGCGAUGGAAAAAGAAUCCUAUUCGGCACCAAUAUACUCGAUUGUGGAGAGUAUAAACUGGUUGACGCAGCCUGUACACCUGAACGUACCCAUGUCUAUCCGAUCCGGUGGAAUACUAGCCCUGAUGGGACUGGGGAGGGCGGCGCCAUUCGGGAACUGCGUUUGCACCCAGACGACGUCCAUCUUGGGUUCAAUGUUUUCACAACAACCGGUCGAAAGAUCGGCCAGUAUGCGUACCUUGGAAGAUUGAAGUUCAACGCGAAGCCGACAACCGGCACACCACUUGUCCCACGUUACGAUCUCGUUAAAGUUACGCGACUUUUCAAUCCAGAAUCAGAACAACCUAUCACGACGCAUGGCAAUGCUAUUAUCAUCAACCGGGAAGCCAUAGCUGUGGGCGAGCUUCGUGGAUUCAGCGGUAGGGGAACUGAAGUUACCUACAUCGGCUAUCCGGCUGAGUCCUCCAACAUUGAUGUCUUCGCUGUUCACCUGCAGACUGGCAAGGUCCGGCGACUUACUAGCCAUCCAGAAUAUUGUGAUCCUGUUGCUGUCUCCCCGGACGAUCAAUGGAUCGUGGUUGAGGAUACACGGGGGACGGACCGACAGAUGUGGCUCUCUGGCAUGAGACAGAUUCCGCCUAUCACUGACUUAAUCAGCACAUCGCUCACGUCCGCAACCAGAAACAACGGACAGAGACGAUUCUUCAGACCGUACCUUUUGGAUCGCUAUGGUGAUCGCGGGGACUAUUUCGGCCAGAAGGUUAAUGGACGAGGGGACGGUGUCCCCGGUAGUGGCGACUAUAAUGACCCCGAAUGGAAUGCGAUGGCUGACCCUAAAUGGUCUCCUGACGGCACUCAGAUUGUUUACGGGGAUGUUCAAACACUUCCUCCUGCGUGCGGUGGGAUAAACCCGCUUCCAUGCUAUCCAUCCAAAGAGCCAGGAGGUAGACGAGUACGUGUGGUCUUGGCAACUCUGACUACUCGGGAGCCCCUCAAUCUUCCCGCAGUUAAUCCCAUCCCAGACGAGGUCCCAUGGGGUGUGAAGUAUUCCCCAGGGGACAUUGAUCCACAACGUCCGGAGCCAACACCUGGAAAUUAUACACUGGCAGGGCUCAUUUGUGGAUAUGCUGAUGUUGAGAUUGUUGGGGGAGUUGAUAAAUCUAUCAGUGAGAUCAGUGUUAUCUAUCACAACUUCUCUGACGAUGGAUCAACGUUCCUGUCAGGGUUCGAAACAGUUCGCGCCACAUUUCCUUCCCUGACGCUCAGCCAUGUCGACUGGUAUUCUGAUCUGACUCAGACUGGAAGCUCAAAGAAUACCAAAAGGACAAGCCCAGAUGGCUUUCACCUCACCAUUGAUGUUUUGAAGAACAUCUUCCAAGCAAAUGGGACCAUGAACACUACUCUUGAUGGCCAUCUCUAUACACAGCCUGCGAACGGAACCUGAAACGAGGGGGUUAAAGCUCAACAAGCAUACC